CGGCUUCCUCCGAUCAUAUAAGUAGUUCUGAUGUUGUUUUCUUUCCACUGGUGUUUUCAGUUUUAUUUUGAGUGACCCAGUUUUAAGCCACGUCUACAUUGUUGUUUUUAAACACGAUCCUUUGGUAAGCUAAUUGUACGCGUCACACUUUGGGCUCACGUCACGGCAAAUCAACAGUCGUUUACCGGCAGUACCCUGCGGACAGCAAAGGACGGCCGUGGACCACCAGUGGUCCAGGGACCACAGUUUGAGAAAGGCUGCUCUAAAGGGUGGCGCCUCCCCCCUCCAACCUCAGACACCUGUCUAAAUGUCAUAUCAGACAGCAGAUGAAUCAGUAUCAGUUCUAUUCUAUUCUAAAUGUCAUAUCAGACAUUUAGACAGUUUUGCUUGCUUUGGACGGGUUGUACUGAAAUAUGUAAAUUUCGCUCUGGGACUAAUAAAAAUAUGUACAUUCACUCAUAUUCAUUAGUAUUUAAACUUUUCUUUCAUCCCAUAUGUAGAACAAGUUUGAUUUGACAUUUAGCAUCAAACUACUUAUGAGAAAACCUAUUGCUAGCAGACCAGUUGAGUUUCAAUGGCUUGACAGGGCAGCAGAGUAAAGGUACUGUAGUGCACUUUUACCAUAGCAAGUAAAACACAGACUGUUUGUAUUAAAAAAUAAAUCACUACAUAGCAUUCUGUCUGGGUGAUGCAGUGUUUGGGACAGUGACUGAAGGUAUAAAGUAUAUGAAAAAGAGCAACAAACCUAGUUAAAAGUUGAAAGCUUUAAGAACUGUAGCAUUUUAAAUGUCAGUUUUUGUCAAAAAUUGGUACAUAAUUGCUCUGGUGAGUCACAAACAGACUUUAUCAGUCAUUAAUCAGGUCUCACUAAUUACUCAUUACUUGCUCCUUCUCACUGUAUGAACUUCCAAAUGAAUCAUCACUUAAUGACUUAAAAUUGGAGCUGGAGAUUGUACUAUUGCUCUUUUUUACUCUCAAGUUAUUUUAUGAUGCAGUGAAAUAAGUUGGCACAUUUUAAUCACCUAUUUUUUCUUCCUUAAUUUGAUCUCAAUGUAUUUAUCUCUAAACAACUGCUGAAUGUUGGCCAAAUCAAAGAAAGCUGAAAACUGAUUAAGCUUCCUCUUCUGAAAAGGAACUAGCAAAGGAAAAUACUACGACAUUAGAUAAAUAUGAAACAUGAUGUUCCUGAAUUAUUGUGUACACUCCAUGUGACUGGCCAGGAGACUCGCACAUGAUCUAAAUUACAAAAAUAUUUCAAUUCCUGUGAGAGAAGCUGAUCUAAGCCAUUCCAAAUGUCAAUCAAAAUGUUCAAUAAGAACAUUUUGUGAACAUGUCAAGAAUUUGUAACAUCUUACACUUCCAGAAACUAUUGCAAAAAAAAUAAAAAUCCCAUGCACUGUCUUCGAAUCAGUAUUUUUAUGAUAGAAGUUUAUUUAUUUGAACAAAAAUGAAAUUUUACAACCAAUUUAAAUGACCUGAGGGAACACCCAAAGACACAAUCUAGAAUAAAAUGUGACGACUGAUGAACAUAUCCACCCAGCUACAAAGUCAGCACUCAGGAUCAGGCGUUUCUCUUCAAGACAUUUCUUUUAAAUUGGUUCAGAAUCUGAAACACAGUUUGUAAGUAAAUGAAACUGAUGAGUCAAUCUCAGGUUGAGUGCAUUGAAAUUCUGGAAAUGUCAUAAGAUCAAAUCUUCACAUAUUCACUUCUCUGCCGUGGUUCCAACUCAUUUGUCAAGGUAAGGCUAUGACCUACACAGAUAACUUUACCCGAUAAUAUUUCCCAUUCAACAUAAUUUCAAGAGUCACAACUUUAAGAAGCUGAGAAGACUUAAACUUCUCACUCCUUAAGUAAAACUGUGCUCUAUACACCAUACAGCAUAUGCUCUCAAGAUCUUUUCUCACCCACAGCAGAUCUGUGGCUGGAGAAUGUGGUUUAGUCAAUCUGUCAAAAACAAACACAAGCAAAGUUGUGGAAUAGUUUGUGUAAAACUCGUCAAACCUGCAGCUUUUGGAAACCCAGUUCAGGAAUGGUUUCUGAGGUGCGUUUUUGGUUCACAAAAACUACGUUCUGGUGAUCUGCUAAACUACUUAGGUUCUGCAUAUUUUUUUUAAUAGUUGAACAAAAGUUUUUGAAUCCAGUUGACAGAUAUGCAGGACAGAUCUAAGGUAAAGUCUUUGUCCAUGUUUUUGUUGUUGCUUUAAAUAAACCUUAAUUAGUAGGACUUCUUCAAUUAGAUUUUCUAAAUACACAAAGUUUAAUGCUUACUAAGAAAAAAAAAGCUAAAUCCCCCCCAAAGCUACUCCCCACUCACUUGAAAGGUGUUACGUUUGACGGUGUGGUUCUUGCUGUGGUGUUUUUUCUUCCUUCUCUCUCUCCUCGCUCUCUCUGUGGCUCCCCUGCAUGGUGUUAAUAGUGGCACUGGAUUGUAUUAAGCACAUUUCUGCUGAGCAGCUGCGAAACCUACGAUCUCUGACUGAUACAAAUUGGUAAGUUAUUUACUUCCUUUUUUCAGAAUUUUCAUACUUUCAGUACAUGGUAAGCCAUUGACGAGCAUACACAACUUUUUAUUUUAUAAGAUUAACUUUCAAAUUUGCUUAAUUUUAUGAUUUUAAUUUUAAUUUAUACAGCCCAAUAACCAAUAAAUCUUCUGCAUGUUUUGCCAAUAAAUCCUUAAAAAUUGACUUGUGAAGUUAUGUUUCCUUAAACAGUUGUAAUGUUUAAUUUAAAGCAUGAAAAUUUGGUUAGUAAUAAUUUUGACAGUAACUGAUAGGAAGCAGUAGUGUAGGGCAAUGACAGCAAAAUUGAUAUGUGUUGAUUUAAAGAAUAAAAAGACUAAAAAUUCAGAAAAGCAAAUAAUUUAAAAACAGAUUUUAUAAGUGUUUCUGAAAAGCUACUGACGUCUCUGCAAAUAUACAAUUCUGAAUGCCAACAAUUGCAGCAGAGGUUUUAUUUAGAAGCUAAAAAACAUACAUAUGAACAACAGCUUACUUUACAUUUUAAACAUUUAGAGUAUAUUUGAUGAAUCUUUGCAAAUAUGUUGUAUUGUCUUUUAAUGUCGCAAUACAAAAAGUUGCUCCUUCUAGACAAGAACAUUAUCUUCAAUCAAAAUCUAUGCGAAAGUAGAUGAGUUUGUGUAUUACAGACAAACAGCACCCCCACGUGGCUGAAUCCACAAAAAAAUACUAAACAAAACAUUAAACUAGAAAAUGUCCUUCUUUCUUACAGAUGUGAAUGAUGGUAGACUCUGAGAAUCUAUCAUACGAUGAUGACCAAUGGGGGUACAACUAUGCGGACUUAUUGGCAAACAAUAGCAAUUAUUCUUAUGAUGAUGUCUUCGAGGGAGGUGAUGUUUGUGACCUGAAGAAUGGCACAGAUUUUGAAUCCUUGUUUAUACCAACUCUCUACUCGGUGGCGUUUGUUGUUGGUGUCUUGGGGAAUGGACUUCUGCUGGGAGUCCUCUUUCAAAGCAGGAAGCGUUGGAGUGUGACAGACACGUUCAUCCUUCAUCUGGCCGUAUCAGACGUCCUGCUGUUGUUGACCCUGCCCCUCUGGGCUGCACAGGCUGCAAGUGAAGCCGGAUGGGGUUUUGGUUCUGCCCUUUGCAAGAUUACUGGAACUGUUUUUACAAUCAACUUCUACUGUGGGAUUUUUCUCCUAGCCUGCAUCAGCGUUGAUCGUUAUCUAUCCAUUGUCCACGCUACCCAGAUGUACAGCAAAAGGAAGUCCUGGGUUGUUCAUGUGAGCUGUGUUUUGGUGUGGCUGUUUUCUGUGAUCCUCUCCAUCCCUGACUGGAUCUUUUUAGAAGACACGGAAGAUGUCAGACAAAACAGAAAGUCUUGUGUUCGUCAGUAUUCAAAAUACACAAAAGCUGCAGAUGAGAUAAUGAAAUUAAAAAUGGCAGCACGUUGGCUGUACCAUGCUGUAGGCUUUUUGUUUCCUUCAUUUGUUCUGGUCUUCUGCUACUCCUGCAUCCUGUUACAGCUGCAGUGUGGCUCCCAAAGUCUCCAAAAACAGCGAGCUUUCAAAGUCAUAAUAGCUGUUGUGGCAGUUUUCUUUCUUUGCUGGACGCCGUAUAACAUGGUACUUUUGGCAGACACAGUUCAACAAAACAACAAUACAGGAACAUGUGAGACAAGAAACUCUAUGGGCAUAGCUCUGACUGUGACUUCGUCUUUGGGAUACCUUCACUGCAGCCUCAAUCCCAUCCUCUACGCCUUUGUGGGUGUGAAGUUUCGCCGACAGCUACUGAACAUCCUAAAGUCUAUGGGCUGCAAACUGAAGACAAAUAUAAAAUUAGAGUCUUUCACCAGGAGAAGCUCCAUUUGGUCAAAUUCUGGAGAAACCUCCAACUCCAUUGCAGUUUAAAAGGAAAAAAAAAAAAAAAUAUAUAUAUA